GUGAUGCGAACACCAUCAGGGUCCAACCUAGUCGUUUGCUUGGUAAGGACGAGCUCUCCACGUAAGAUAGAGGAAAUAUGGCGUUCGCACCGCGAUGGGGCUCACCGAACACAGGAGCCAACAACAUCACCGUCGUCGACAGUGUGCCUCUCGACAUGCUCUUUCUCGUUGACUCUCACUGGUAUCAGUUCGCUCCACUUAAUCCUCUGUGGCACGGAAUCCUCGGCUUUGUGAUCGGCCUACUCGGCGUAAUCGCAUGGACGGGCAACAGCGUCGUCAUCUACGUCUUCUCAUGCACCCGCAAACUUCGAACGCCUUCAAAUAUGUUCGUCGUCAACCUCGCCGCCUCCGACUUCCUUAUGAUGGUUUGCAUGUCACCGGUCAUGAUUAUCAACUGUUAUUACGAAACAUGGGUCAUGGGGCCACUUUUGUGUGAAGUAUACGCCAUGACCGGCUCUCUCUUCGGAUGCGCCUCAAUUUGGUCAAUGACCUUCAUAGCCCUGGACAGAUACAACGUCAUUGUCAAGGGCAUUGCAGGUAAACCGCUGACCAUCAAAGGCACCAUGCUAAGAAUUCUGUUCAUUUGGAUUUUCUCACUCGGCUGGACAUUGGCACCGUUCCUCGGAUGGGGAAGAUACGUUCCUGAGGGCAACAUGACUGCGUGCGGCACCGACUACCUGAGCAAGGACUGGCUCAGCCGGAGCUACGUGCUCGUCUACUCCAUCUUUUGCUACUUCCUUCCCCUGCUCAUCAUCGUCUACUCCUACUGGUUCAUCGUGCAGGCCGUCGCAGCCCACGAGAAGAACAUGAGGGAACAGGCCAAGAAGAUGAACGUCGCUUCCCUGAGGUCCGAGGACAAGGCCACCAGCGCCGAGUGCAAACUGGCAAAGGUGGCUCUGAUGACCAUUGCCCUGUGGUUCUGCGCGUGGACGCCAUACCUGAUCAUCAACUUUGCCGGCAUCUUCGAGAUGGUCACCAUUACACCCUUGUUCACCAUCUGGGGCUCUGUGUUUGCUAAGGCAAACGCUGUCUACAACCCGAUUGUCUAUGGAAUCAGCCACCCAAGAUACAGAGCAGCCUUGAAGGAGAAAAUACCAUGCUUAGUUUGCGGUGGCGUGGAGCACGAGGGCAGCGAUAUCAAAUCUCAAGCGUCCAUAACCACCGAGGUUGACAAGCCGAUCGCCUAGCCUCAGACUGAGCCACUCCGAUAAAAUCACGCGCACUUUGUUCCAAUGACGACCUCCAGCAAAUCAAUUUCCUAUUUUGAAUCUCUGAUGUCACAAAAACUAAUUUUGUAUAAUACCCAGAACCCAGCCUGUUUGUUUCCUCCCCUUUAUUUAUUUCUGCAAAUAAACGAACAAAUCGAGAAAA